AUGUCGGACAUGCCGUCAGGACCUUGGGAGAACCUCAGCGCAGACUUUUGUGGCUCGCUUCCCACGGGUGAAUAUUUGUUCGUAGUGAUUGAUGAAUACUCGCGAUUUCCUGUUGUUGAAAUCGUGAAAUCAACUUCCGCUAACACAACCAUACCCGUAUUGGACAAAUUGAUCUCUACAUUGGGCGUACCAAAAGUCAUAAAAACCGAUAAUGGAAGCCCAUUCAACUCCCAUGCAUUCAAGGAGUUUGCCGAGAACAUUGGUUUCCAUCAUCGACGCAUCACUCCAAGAUGCCUGAAAGCUAAUUCCCAAGUUGAAUCGUUCAAUAAGCCAAUGAUGAAAGCCGUUCGUGCCGCACACAUUGAAAGAAAGAACUGGAAGCAAGAGCUAUUCAAAUUCCUUCGCCAGUACAGGGGGACGCCUAACCCAUCAACCGGAUUUGCACCGUUCUUACUUCUGUUCAAUCGUGAAACUAGGACCAAACUUCCUCAAGUUCCGACACAUAAAUCAAAUGCUGUCGACGAACUGAUGAACUUCAUUGUGGUGAUGUCGUCCUCAUGA